AUGUCUUGUCGGAAGCUGCGAGGGAGGAGGAGACGGAUAAGGGCACGAGGCGGAGGGAUGAGACUGAGAGACUUUGUGAGUCAUCCAUACGCCAAGGAAGCAAAACUGUCCGAGGAGGUCGCGGCGCUGCGGCUGUACACGCUGCCGAGCUUCACCCACAUCAACAACCCGCUGAGGGAUCGGGCGCGUAUAGCGAGGCGAGAGCGACAUCCUCUGCCCCUGCUCGUGUUCCUCAUCGUUGAGGGCCUCAAGAAGCUUCGGGCGCUCAAGGCGUCUGAGGGGACGGAGCUCAAGGUGCUGUGGCGAGGGAUGCGAAACCUGACGGUGUCGGACGACUUUGCAGCGAAAGGAGGGACGGAGCUGGCUCCGAUGUCAACGUCGAGGGAGCUGAGGGUGGCAGCUGGGUACAGCAUGAGCAGGGAUGGACUGAUCUUCCGCAUCAAGACAAAGAACGGCCUGCAGAGCGGAGUAGACGUGUCUUGGCUGUCGGCGUUCCCGGAGGAGGAGGAGGUACUGUAUGCGCCCCUGACAUACUUGCAGCCAACGGGUCAAGCCCAGGAGGUAGAGGUUGCGGUAGGGAAGUACAGGAUCGUUGAGGUAGAGCCGACAACGGCAUGA